UCAAAAAUGCCAAUUUGAGGUGAUACCUUAGAAUUCGUUAUGACUUAAAACUUGAAUUUUGAUAUAAAUUUAACGUUUUCCCUAUAAACGAACAAUAAUUCAUGAUUAUAACCAUUAUUAACGAUGUUCUCUGCGUUUCAUAUGCAUCGAAUUAUAUUGCAGUGGAUGAUUCAGGUGUUUCGUUGAUAUUCGUGUGAUAACUUUGGUAUCUGCGUUGUGUUUAUUUUCAUAGGAGUGUUUAUCUACAACCAAGCAUAUUCGUUUGUUUCCUCGCAUAUAUCAGUUGUUUUUGAUCGGUGUUAUGCUGUAAAAUAAUGUGGAAUUUUGAUGAUGGUAAAAUUCGAUCAUGGAUGAGAGCGGUGAUAACAAGAUAUAUCUUUCCAGUUCAUUAUUUGGAAACCAUAAAAAACCUCAAAUAACUCUAUCGCCCGUCAGAUUACAGAAAGUCAGAGGCGAAGAAGGAUUCGAUGGUGAUAAGAAUAAGAAAUCAUUCUCCGGUGGAAACACCGUUUGGAGUGUUUCAAAAGAACAGACCACUGAGUCGAUACGUCCGGUGCAUUAUUCACACUCACACUCGAAGAAAGUCAUCAAACACGCUUUACGUCAACAAGCCAAAAGGCGACGUAAAAAUACCACAAUAGCGGCCGGUAAUUCAGCCCCCGUUCCUCGUUAUGUUACUACUUCUUUAGACAACACCGAAGAAGAACCAGACAAUCGUUUCAAAGAACCAACAAAAAUGAUCGAUAUAUUAUCGACAGUACCGGAUUUUCGAAUCAAACAUCGUAAACGAACCAAUAAAAAAUUAUCAACCGCAGCUCAACUGGAGCAAACCAAAGAAGGAUGUGUGGAUUUAGAAACUCCAGAUUCCAUACUAUUGCAAACGAAUCUGAGGGAUUUGCUGAACAAACACACGUUUUCAUCGUUACCGCCGUUUUAUCAAUACAAGUUGGUUCAGUUGCUGCCUCAGGUCGACCGUAUCCCCGUCGGUACCCAGUCUGAUUGCGUAUUCAGGCUUAAUCCUACCGGUCUCAGUAAUGAAUUUUUCAAUCGAGCUUGUACAGAAUGGAAAGAACGACUGGCAGAAGGAGAAUUCACGCCGGAAAAUCAACAAAAACGAAAACAGGAAGUGGAAAGGGAGAAAAACAAACUAGAUCCGUGGAAGGUGAAGCAUUUCGAGCCAAUUUGGGGCGAAAAUUCCAACGUUAGUAGCACGUUUUCUGUACCUGAAAAAGAAACAGUCAGUCCUAAGUCAGCAAAUAAAGUUCCAGUCAAAAGGCCACCAUCUCCUGUACUAAGGAAUCGUACGGUAGGCGCUGUUACUCGAUCUGUAUCGAUGUAUAGGGAAAAACGCGAAGCUGAAGAUCCUCCUAGCGAUACUGUGAAGAAGUUUAAAUCCGUUACUGGCACAGAAACUGAGACGGCAGUUGGUGAAAAUACCGACGAAGAAGUUGACAGAAUGACUGUAUUCGCCAUUUCUGUGGAAACUACUGAUUCGACGGAAAAGCCAAAUGACCAUGUCGAUGUACCUGUGGAAAGUGGUAGCUCUCUAGAUAACGACGAAGCAUCGUCAACGCAGCCUGCCAUAGACUCUGAAGAGACUGUCGUUGAACACGAAGUGAAUUUGGAAAGUCCUUCUGCGGAAUGCACAAACGAUGAAAAACCACCAUCGCCGGAAGUGGAGAUGAAAGAAAUAUCUAUCGACGAAAUCGAUAACGACGAUAACCUGCUCGAUCACGAAAUCGGUAUUGAGAAUAUAAUUUGCGAAGAACAUAAUAACUGGAGUAACGUUCAAGACGAUGCUGCGAUUCUGGCCGCUGCUUGGGAUGAGGUAGAAUGCGAAUCGGAUAAUUUAUUAGCCGAAGUUGAUCUCGAAAGGGAUCAAGGCGAUGAGCUUGUGACCCAAGAAGAGGCUGAGGUUUCCCCCGAAGAAGAAACAUUAUUAGCGAUCUCGGUACAAGAAGAAAAAUUCGAAGUAAAAGUCGAAGACGUGCAUUCGCCAUCGUCUCAAUGGAUUAGUGAGAAUCAGCCGAUUGAGAAUGACGAAGAAAUCAAACCUGAAUCCGAAUGUGUGCAGGGAGUCGAUGAAAGUACCUCGGAUGAUGUUUCGGUUUUGACCCAACAAGUUGAAAAUCAAGUAACCAGUACCAAAGAAUCACCGUCAGAAGUGCUGCCAACGGAAGAUCCACCAGCUGAAAAUAUCGUCGCUGCUGUUGAACAUAAAGAAGAACCUGUCCUCAGCGACGAAACAGAACUGGAACAAAAACCUACUGACGAUGUUACUGUCGACGUCAAUCCUCUCGAAGAUGAAGAAAAUUCUCCAACGAUGACGACGCAAUCUGAACCUUCCGAGGAAAUCCUCGAAACAGCUCAAUCUGGCGUCGAAACUGCUGAAGGAUCUGAUGCUGAAGAUGAAGAAAAGCCUCAAGAUGAUCAGUCACCUAACGACGAAAACGAAUUGCUCAAUCAAACCAUCAAUAUAGAGAAAAUGAUAUGCGAAGACGAAGCUUGGGAUAAUAGUAAAGAAGAACAGGUUCAAGCAGCUAUUUUAGCAGCCGCUUGGGAUGCUGUGGAUAGCAAUACGGAAAAGUUACUCGCCGAAGUAGCCAUGGAAGGGGAUAAUGAAGUCGCUGUUAUUCCUAUGCAAGAAGAACUCGAGGUUAGAUUAGAAGAGAGCAGUUUGCCGGCUCCAGAAUGGGUGGAUUACGAUAGUAAGUCAGAAGAGAACUCUCAAUCGGCUGAUGACGAUCAGAAACCAAAGUCUAUUCAGUAUCCAGGAGGUCACGUUAAAAUAGAAUUAGAAGUGACACUAACGCCAGAAGUGGAUAACCAAGUGACUAGUUCAAUGGAAGGCAGCACCAGUACGUCCACAAAUGUGAUAACUUCUUCGAAUACGGUUUUGGCGCCUAAUACGAUCAUACCUCCGACCACUAUCGUCUGUUUACCGUCCUCAAAUCCAGCCGUGCCUACUCCGCCUACUACGCAAUUGGUUACCAAUCAAGCAGUGUCAUCUAGUGCACUUCCCUAUAUUGCCCUCACAACCAGUACACCUGUUAGAGCUGUGCCAACAAAAACCCAAGUCAAGUCUGGAGGUCGUGGCGGCCGCAAUACGUCGAAUAAACCGCCUCCAGGAGCUGUCAAUUUGGAAAGAAGCUAUCAGAUUUGUCAGGCUGUGAUACAAAACAGUCCCAAUCGGGAUCAAUUGAAAUUCCAAUUGAAACCGCCUCCAUCUUUAUUGAUGAAUAAUAAAGCACAAAAUCCUUCUCGAGGAGGCGGCCAUGCAAAACCUACCAAAACGUAUAACGCGUCGUCAUCAAAAUCGUCGUCGAUGCUGAUUAAGCAUGUAUUCAAUACACCUCAAGGCAUACCCGUUACCAUGGCAGUUCUGCCUACUUCAAAUACCGAGUUAACCGAAAGCCAAAUGGGCCAGUACGUCUUGGUUCAAAGAUCCGGUCUCGGAAGUGGCGUCCGCAGAUCAAACAGCGCACCUCCUACCAACCAAAAAACCACUUACGGCGUCGGUGGACGCGGACGUCCAGCCAGUGUCGGUUUGCAGCAACAACAACAAGGCGCCCAGCCUCCAAAAAUCCGUACCAUAGUGACCAAUCAGAACGCUCAAACGUACUAUUCGGUUCCGCAACAAUACGACAUCAGAAUGAACGACGAUUGUUCCUGUAGCUUCAAAGCGAUGGUAAUAUGUAAAAAAUGUGGAGCUUUUUGCCACGAUGAUUGCUUGGGUCCUUAUAAAGUCUGCGUUAAUUGCCGAUAAAUUGGUGCUGAUGAUGAGACUGAUUGGCAAAUCUAUUUGCUCUUGUGGGCCUUUUCUCUUUUUUAUUACGUAUUAUUAUUGUUUUUUUGGGAGGAUUUUACGCUCUCUUUGUUUGUUCAUUUGUUUUAUUUUUUCUCUUCAUCCGAGUGCUUGUAAUGCAAAUUUUAUUUGGCUUCGUGUUUUUUUCCCUUUUUUUUUGAGUCAUUGCUCUUACAGACGUGUAUUUUUUUUCUUUCUUAUUAUUAUUUUUCUAGUAUCUAAACUUAUAGUCUAGUUAUUUAGUGUACUGGUUGAAACUUCCGGUACACUCUAAUUUUAUCGCUUCUUUUCCAAGCUCAUUUCAUUCAUCGCAGAUGCUCUCGUUUAUUUUUAAAUGCUUUUUUAAAACUGAGUAUUCGAAUGACUUCAAUAUGAUUGAUUUUCUAUUCAGUUCGAUGGGUAUUAUUACAAUUGGUGAAAACCCAAUUUUUUCGAUUUCAGUUACUUCUCCCGAAUGUAUCAGUAUUACAUUUUAGAGAGGGGGCGGGGGGCUCCCAACCUCUAGGGAACGCUUAUCCGUAAUAAUAAGUUGGCAAUGAUGAAAUGUACUGAAACCGGUUUCAAAUGAUGUUUCUAAAUGAACCAGUUUCCGAUGAAUGGUCUUUUCAAGUGUAACUCGUUUAAAGUGAAAUCAAAACUGGUUGAAACUGGUUUCAACCGGUUUUGUUGCUGGAUUUUGGAAAAUCUAUUUGGGUUUCUUGAGAAAGAGGAAAUUGCUUUGAGUCUGCCUUCAUUUGAAUGAAAAAUCAGAUUAUUGGCUGAAAUCAUUUGGUUUUAAAUCCUAUGAUCCAACCGGUUUGAAGCCACUACUCAAAUCAUUUCUUUCAAAAAGAAAAAAAAAAUCAUUUCAGACUCAAGAACCAGUUCAUCAAAUUCCUGAUCGGUGGUAUUUGUUUGAAACUGAUUUGAAAUUAAAUCAAAAUUAGCUGAAACCAGUUUCAACUGGUUUUGUACCGGGUUUUGGAGAAUCUAUUUGAGUUUUUCGAAAAAGAAGGAGCUGAUUUGAGUGAGGCUUCAUUAUAUAAACAAUCGGAGCAUUUCCUCAAAUUUCUGAUCAUACGUAGAUAUCUGUAAUUGAUUUGAAAUGAAAUCAAAACCGGUUGAAACCAGUUUUAACCAGUGUUGUGUGUGUUCCUUUUUUCCCUCGAAGAACUUGGCCAGGUUUAAUGUUUAUUCAGAAGGGAGGAACUGGUUGGAGUUGAGCCUCAUUUAUUGUGAAAAAAUCGGAUUUUUGUAUCACAUAAGUAGUUGGAUUUUAAAUCAUGAAUGCAACCGGUUCGGAGCUGUUUUUUAAAUCGUUUCUCUCACAAAAAUCAAUUAGGACUUGAGAACUAGUUUUCUGGAAUUAUUGAUUAAAAAUAGCUGUCUGUAACAAAAUGAAAUCAAAACUGGUUGAAAUCGGGAUCAACCAGUUUCAUGUUUGGUUUUCAAAAAAUUUGUUUAGGUAUAUUGAAAAAAAUAAAGACAGGUUCGUGUCUUCUCCACUUUCAUUCACAGGCUGAUUCUCUGUAAUGAGCGGAAAUUAAUGAAAUGAGUUGAAACCGGUUUCAGUUGAUGUUUCUAUAUGUGACCCGCUCUGACAAAACCGACCAUUUCGACAAAAUUUCAAAAAAUGUUUUUUUCUCAAAAAUCUGAUCUUUCAACCCUUAAAACUCAUUUUAAACAUCAUUAUUUUGGACACUUUUUUUUGUCGAAACGGUCGGUUUUGUCAGAGUGGGUCACAUAUGAUGAACCAGUUCUGGUGAAUGACCAUUUCGAGUUAAUUGACAUGGAAAUUAAUGUUCUGAAAUUCAGUAACAGAAAUAUAACCAUUUGUAACUGGUUUAGAAUGAAACUGAAAACUGAUUAAAACCGGUUCUUACAGGUUGUGUUUUGAAAAAAAAAUGGAUUUAAAAAAAAACCUGGUUUUAGUCUGGUUUCAUAUGAAUACGUAUAAAGAAAUUGAAUUAUUUACCAAUAUCGUUUGAUUAAAAUUUCAAGUCCCGAGUGCAACCAGUUUGAAGCCCCAUUUUUCUCCCCAUUUUUCUCGCAGAAUUCAGCCGAGAACCAGUUUUUUUUAAUUCGUGAUUUGCGUGAUCUGGAUAUUGUUCAUGAAAAGAACGAUGUGAUGCUCGCUUUGAAUGAAUCCAAUUAUUCAAUUCUGUCGAACUGAGAAUCAAAAUUUUUGAUCACAUGCAAAAUUAUUUAUCAAUAAUUUUAAAUUGAUUUAAACUACUUUCAAUCAACAUUUUUUUUAAACUGACUUAGUUCAUUUUAACUGUAAACUUGAACGUUAAAUCUCUCAAAUAAUGACGAUGUGUCAUGAGCACGUUAAAAAUGAUUAGUUACCAAAAACGACGAAAAAACUGAUAUUUCAGUUGUGUUCAUUUUUUCAAAUUUACGAAUUUUUAAAAUCGAAAUUAAACGGUCCUUUGAAGCUACCAAAUUGCAUAUUAUCUAAUAAUAACUAAUUUUUAAAAAUUGAUUCGCAUCUUUAUCAGUAAAAAAGUUUACAUAAGUAGGUAUAUUUUUAAUUCUUAAAGCAUUUUUACUUUGCUUCUUUUAUUUUUCCUAUAAGUAAAAACUGUAAGAUUAAAAUGUAAAAAGAUGUGUCACUGAUUAUAGGUUCCUAAAUAUAAAUUUUGUAAUUUAUAAGAUAUAAACUUGUGUAUAUUGUUCUUUUUUCUCUUGUAUAAUUGUACAUAUAAAAAAAAGUGUCAUUGUACGUAAAUGUAGUUAAACAUAUGUUAGAAGUGUAACUAUUAUACAAAUGUUAUUUUUGAUUAUUUCGCUAUUGAAAAUAAAUUUUUUAAUUUAUAAGUUAUGAUCUGAUAUCUGACGAUUGCUGUAUACAAAUAAUAUAAAAAGUGCAACUGAACUGAGUCAUCAUCGAUCGAUUCUGGUACAAUUUUGGUUUUUCAGUAUUUAAAUUCACGAGUCUGGUAAAAAUUUGAUUUCAUUUUAUGUCUUGAAAAAAAAAAUGUCGAUUGAUGAUUCCGGUAUAAUGAUACAAGUUAAUUUACUUAAUAUUAUACGAGUAGCAUUUUUUUUUCUACGUGAAGAAAUACUUGAAAUGUAGACUUGUUACAGUUGAAUCAGAAGAUUACUGAUUAUGGUUUUUAAUUUAAUAAUUUGUUACUUUAAAAAAAAUAAACGGAUAAUUACGUAUUA